CUUGCUUCCCAGCCACGUGCCACACGUGCAAGCUCAGGCAUGAACUGGCCUCUACUGUGUCAAUCACUCUUCUACUACCAACAACACCACGCAUUUACCAGAUAUCGCUAUUGAUUCAGAAUCCCAUCUCAGUUGCCGGCAGGGACGGAAAUACCAAUGAAACCAAAUCCCGCAUGGCCUUCCCGGGUCCCCAAGAAAGUUUACGCGCGAAUCCUUCGAUCCUCCCAAUUACCCAAUCAGCGCUACCGAGCAAUUAUAUUCAUGGUCGCGAGUCGUGAAUCUGCUUUUUUCUCAGGAUUAGAGAAUCCGUGCUCUUAAUCAUCGGUCUCAUUCUCGCGUGGCACACGUGCCAUUCGCAUGCCAUUGGUCCUCGGGCCCUGCAUUUCGCGGCUGUCUGACCAUAUCUGGUGCUGAUCUGUCCCUGUAAUAACGUGACACUUCUUCCUACAAAAGAAAUAUGGCGGUCUGAUCUCUGUGAUCAAUCCUUUGAAAAUAAGUCCCGUCCGCCACUUCGUGUUGGUGUGCGCUCUCCUGCAUAAAGGGAUACCGGCAGGAAUUCAAUGCGACACAGCAUGUCGUUGCGAGGCAAACCUCGUACACAUGUUUCGAACAGGCCUUUUGCUUACAUAGUGACCAUGUACGCGGGUUGAUUGUUUGCUCUUCAUUCACAGACAAGAAAAAGUCCCUCCCAUCCGUCGACGAACCCCAGCGCCCUUCAGCUAGAUGUACAUCCAAGGCACAAUCACGCACAAUUGGCGUCCUCACCAUGACGGAUGCAUAUCGCGACGCUGACAAUGGGAGCCAAUCUCUGAUGGGCGCAUCGUUUGCUCUCCUCGCUUUAACGACCGUCUUUUUUGCUUGUUUCCUGGUUUCGAAAUAUUACAAUGGCGCCGCUAUCAGCCAACUUAUGUUUUGGCUCAUUGUCUUUGCUUAUGUCUUCAACGUCGGAAAUGCCAUCGUCAAUGCAUUGUCCGUCAUACUGGGUGAUGCCGGGAAACACAUCGAUACUCUCGAUCGUGAUACCUACAUCACAUCCGGCAAGAUUGGGAAGGCAUCAGAUUAUCUCUACAUACCUUCUGCUAUCUUCCCUAAACUAGCAAUGCUGGCGUUCUACUCGCAGCUGUUUCGAGGCCGCCGCAUAUACGACUGGACCGUUUACGGAUGUGCCGGCCUUCUCGUUUGCACGCUCCUCGCCGGCGUGCUCCAGACGACGUUGAUAUGCAGGCCAUUCAACGCGUACUGGCUCGGGCACGGGAAAUGUGGAGACAUGAUGGCUUCGUAUCGCUGGCUCAGCUAUCCCAACAUACUCACCGACUUUGCUAUGCUCGUUCUCCCACUGCCCGCUCUCAUCAACUUGCAAGUCUCGAGCACUGUCAAGGCAAAAAUCAUCUUGACGUUCUUAACGGGCUCACUAGGCAUUAUAACCGCCAUCCUCCGCCUAGUCUCCUUCUACACAAUCCCAAUCUUCCCCGACGCAACCUACUACCUCAUCCAACCAGCCAUUUACUCAGUCGUCGAGCCCUCUGCCUACCUGAUCUGCGCCAUCAUGCCCACCUUACGACAUCUAGCCCACCGCAGUGGCAGCACCUCCCCAAAAAACAACAACCACAACAACAACACAUCCCUCCACACCACCAACUCUUCCUCAAAAGGCUUUACUACGACGUACCAUGAACACCAAACGACCUCAACCCCGAAAUCCCAGAGAAAUGUAUACCUCCCCCAUAUCUUCUCUCCCACGAGCUUUCUAUCACGAUUCAGCGGCACCAUGUCUUCCUCCUCUUCACAACAUGCGAAGACGCCUACCGCGAUACGAACACCUCCACCCCGAUCAAUCAACGAACCAGACCUCGAGCUCGGCAAAGUGGGCUUAAGUCCCCGAACCCGCCAAGCUACCUCAAACCGUACAGAAGUCGGUACCGGAAGCAGACCCGCCGGAUCCCAGCGUCGUCGUACGCAGGGUGGCAAUAGCGGUGGUUGGGGAAACUUGUUCCUCCCGGAAGACGCUAUCGUCUGUCAGACAGAUAUCGACAUGAUAAGUGAACCGCUGGGUGGUGGCAGUGGAGGAGAUUGGAAAGAAGGGUUCGGAGGAGCAGUUCGGGUAGAUGAGGAGAGAGAAAGUGAUUCAGCUGGAGGGAGGAUAGGUGUAGGCUUGGAUCUAGAUGGUGAGGUUGAUGGGGAUCAGGUGCCAUUGUAUGGGCUGGCAGAGGAUAAGGUGAGGACGAGAAAGAGAAAAAGUGUUGUUGCUGGUAGUGGUAUAUGAAAAACUAAAAAAUUUAUUAUGUGAUACCCCCUUCAGUAUCUUUGUUUUGUGACUGCCUGAGUGUGUUGGUGAUGUUGGAGUGUGCGAUGGGCGUGCUAAGGCGACGGAGAAUAAAGAAGGAUGGGUAUGCGAGUUGGGCGUACCAUGGCUAUCAUAUUGUCUUUUUGCUCGUGGGGAUUAAUGGACUAAUGGUAAAUGAAGGGACACGAAUUUGACUCUCCAUCUACCCAUCUUCCCGUGUCCCAGUGAUGUGUUUUCUUUGUAAACAUGCGUCCUACACGAUCAAAACACCACACAAUCUUUUUCAGGUACUCGCACUCUCUGACUACCAAUUCAUCUGGUGGUAAUACCAAACGUUGGUUCUCCCCCCGAAUUCU